AUGGCAGAUUCUUCGUCUUCGACGUCUGCCUUUGUCUCGUCGUUGAUUUUCAAUGGCUGUAUAGCAGCUAUAUUCACGCUUGCCUUUCUGACUCUUAGACCAAAAGACAGAAGGGUUUACGAGCCACGUACGCUAGAUGAUGUCAAAACCCUUAAAGAUGAGGAAAGAACAGAAUCUGUUCCCUCUGGUUAUUUCCGUUGGGUUUCAUAUUUGUUGUCACGUCCACACUCUUUUUUGAUUCAACAUGCAAGUCUAGAUGGGUACUUUUAUCUCAGAUACAUUGCCCUUGGUGCUGGGUUUUCACUAUUGGGUAUCAUCUUGCUUUACCCUAUCAUUCUGCCAGUGAAUGCUACGAAUGGUAGGAAUUUCAAAGGUUUUGAACUGUUGGCAUUUUCCAAUGUUACCAAUAAGAACAGAUUUUUUGCUCAUGUCUUUCUGUCGUGGAUCUUCUACGGUGCAAUUGUGUUUACCGUCUACAGGGAGUUGUACUACUACAUUAUGGUUAGACAUGCAUUGCAGACGAGUCCGAUGUACGAUUCUUUAGUUAGCUCGAGAACAUUGGUGAUCACGGAGUUACACUCCGAAAUAAUGAAUGAAGAGGCAAUCUUAAGCACUUUCCCUCGAGCAGAUCGUAUUGCAUUCGCUCAUGAUGAAACAGAAUUGCAAAAAUUGGUUGGAGAAAGAACAAAGAGUGCUCAAAAAUUGGAAGCUGCGUUGAACAAAUGUAUUAACAAAUGUGUCAAAUUAAAGCUCAAGGCUGAUAAGAAAGUCGGAGUCCCUGAAGUCGAUGGUGAUAAAUUAGAGGACUACAUUCCGGAAAAGAAAAGACCAAAGAGACGUUUGGGUAAGUGGAAGAUUCCAUUUUUAGGUGAAAAGGUUGAUGUUAUCGAGUACGAUGCCAAUAAGAUUGGUGAACUGAAUGAAGAUAUUCACGAUUUACAAGCACAUUGGGAUGAUACAAAGAUCCUACCUGUUUGCUUUGUUCAGUUUCCAUCUCAAUUGGAAGCUCAGAGGGCAUACCAAACGAUUAAAAACCGCUUGAAGGGAAUGUAUAGCAGAGCAAUUAUUGGCUUUGCUUCUGAAGAUAUCAGCUGGGGUAAUAUGGAAUUGACGAAACCAAUGAGAAAAUCUAAGCGUACAGGUGCAAAUGCAUUUUUGACAGCUAUGAUUAUUUUCUGGGCAAUUCCAGUUGCACUUGUCGGUUGUAUUUCUAAUAUCAGUUUCUUAACUUCGAAAAUUCACUGGUUACAAUUCAUUGAUAAGUGUCCUAAACCAUUGCUUGGGUUAAUUACAGGUAUUUUGCCUGCAGUUGCGCUAGGUAUAUUAAUGUCAUUGGUGCCACCAAUUAUUAUGUUGGCGGGUAGGAAAAGUGGUUGUAUGACUGUGCAAGAAACUGAUUUGUAUUGUCAAAGCUGGUAUUUUGCAUUCCAAGUGGUUCAAGUUUUCUUAGUGACCACUUGUACUUCAUCAGCAUCUGCGACUGUUGAUGCUAUUAUCGAGGAUCCAUCUUCCGCAAUGACACUAUUGGCAAACAAUUUACCAAAGGCAUCAAACUUUUACAUUUCUUAUUUCCUACUACAAGGCUUAUCAGUAUCAAGCGGUACAUUGUUACAACUGGUUACGUUAAUUCUAUCCAAAUUUAUCGGUAAGAUAUUGGAUUCUACUCCACGUAAGAAGUGGAAUCGUUACUGCACUUUGGCCAAACCAUCAAUGGGUGUUGCAUACCCAAUCAUGGAAUUAUUAGUUGCCAUUGCCCUUUGUUACUCAGUGAUUGCACCAUUAAUUUUAGUCUUCUCAUUCGUCGGUCUUUCGCUGAUGUACCUCGCUUACAUUUACACUUUGAACUACGUUCAAGGUUUUACCUUCGAUUCUAAGGGUCGUAACUAUCCUCAUGCAUUGUUCCAAGUAUUCUGUGGUCUUUAUUUAUCACAAGUCUGUCUAAUUGGUCUUUUCAUUAUGGCAAAGACCUGGGGGCCAUUGGUAUUAGAAAUCGUUGCAUUAGUUGCAACCGCUGGUGCUCAUAUAUGGUUAAAGAGAAGAUUUAUUCCAUUAAUCGAUAGCGUGCCAUUAAGUGCAAUUCGUUACGUCUAUGGUGAAAACCAAGCUAGUUAUCCAAGUGAUCAAGGUUUGCAUGAAGUCAAAAAUGCAAUUGAUGAAGUUGAAGAAGGUGAUAUUAAAAGAGAUCAAGUUGAUAACGAUGACGAAAAUGAUGCUGGUUCAUUGGAAUAUAGAUUGCACGAUAAUGCUGUCGGUACCUCUGGUAAAGAGUUAGAUAGGAAGGAAACACUUGCUGGCAAUAAUGAUUUAGAAAAAGGUGAUCGUGAGAUGGAAGAUUUUGAAUCUGCCGAAAUGGAUAAACCCAAUGAAGAUCGUCUAUUCGUUGUGGAACGUGAAGGUGCUCCAACUGUAGGUAGUGAAUCACUAUCUUCAAAGAAAACAGAUGUAUUUGCAGACAACAAACAAAUCGGAAGUACGAAAAGGAUACCAUUUUCUGGUGGACCAAUUAGAGAAUGGGGUCCAGAAAAGCCAAAAUCAUGGAGAGAAAGAGUUAUGUUAUAUUUCCAACCAAGCAAAUACUACUCAUUUGAGGAGGUUCGUUCAAGACUGCCGACAGUUUUGGAAACUACUGUUGAAUACGUAGAUUCUGAAUUGGAUUGUGCCUACACAGAUCCUAGCGUUGUUGACAAGGACCCAAUAAUCUGGGUUUGUGAAGAUCCAAUGGGUGUUUCGAAACAACAGAUCGAAUUAGCCCAAGAAGUUGGUGCAGAUGUUAGGGAUGAAAACACUGCUUACGAUGAGAAGGGUAGAUCUCAGUAUACAGGCGAUCCACCAGAUUUCGAAAUUUAA